AGCUGCUCUUCGUCAAAGUGCAGGGAAAGCUUGGGCCAAUUUUCUCUAAUGCCAUUCCCUAGUUUACACCACAGUUGUUGGCGUAAACAGUAAGCUAAUUUUCCAAUGGGGGAUUUUUAGGGAAUCUAAAUAAUAAAUAAAUGCACAUACCCACAAAUGAAAAGCGGCACGCCAGUAAUUCAGAUCAGUAUGGAAUGAUAGUAUACAUAGAAGGGGAGAUUCAGGGCCUUUUCCAUUAUUCUCACGUUUGAGCUGAGAUCGCCGUCCAAUUUGUUCUUUCGGUUUUCAAGUAGGUAUCUUUCAGCAAAUGGAUUCAUCUGUGCUACCGGGCUUUAGAUUCAAUCCAAGUGAAGGAGAGCUCGUAUUUGAGUAUUUGAAGCGGAAAAACUGUGGCAUUAAGGAAACAUUGGAUGUGAUUCCUGAGGUGGAUGUUUACAAAUGCGAGCCUUGGGAGUUGCCAGACAGAUCUUUUCUGCCGAAGUGUAACGAACAGUGGUUCUUUUUUAGUCCUUGCGAUUGGAAGUAUCGCGGUGGUUCAGUUGAUAACAUUGCUACUGAAGCUGGCUAUUGGAAGAUCACAGGAAGCUACCACACAGUUCACUCUCAGUCAAUUUUAACAGGAGUAAGGAACACUCUAAGUUUCUAUAAGGGCAGACCUCCACAUGGAGAAAAAACUGAAUGGAUAAUGCAUGAAUACCAUAUUGAUGAAAAUGAAUUCAAGACAGGACCUGCUUUACAGAGUGCUUUUGUAUUAUGCCAUGUUCUCAGAAGGUACGAACUUCCUGCAAAAAGUGGUGGAUUAAAAAAUACAGAAAUUGAGAAGUUUGAUUCAUCGCCUAAAAGUAGAAUUCCUUCCUGUGCUGAAGACAAGUCUGAAGAUGGGUCUAAAAUUGGUUCGAUGCCAAAUGGUUUAAGAUCAAAUUCCGAGUUUGGAUGGCUUCCACCAUACAACAAUGAUUUUCCUCAAGCUCCAGCUGAUAUAAGCUUUACUAGGCCUGAAGCUACAUAUGGAUAUUUGACUGGUGAAGAAAUGGAUGAGUAUAUUGAACAAACAGAGAUCAUAGAGGAAAUUCUGCAGGCAUGUCUGGAUUCCCAGAAUUCUAAUGUGGAUCAUUCUUUCCCUCAGGAUAGCGAUGCUGACAUCUUGAAUGGUGACUAUAUAGAACUUAAUGAUUUUGAGAAUUGUGAUUCUUCUCUUUUAUUUGAGAGUGAAUUCAACAAUGGUCGUCCUGGAGAUUUGGGAGAGAGAUUCUAAAUUAGAUUUUAGUGGUUUUUUUGGGUAACUUUGGUAGAUAGUAAUUUCUAUAUUUUUAAGUAUUUUAGUUGCUAUGCAUAAAACUGCAAGUCUAUCUUUAUUAUGAGCUCUAUAAAGAGUUCCUUGUUGUCCAGUCUGCAAAUUAUAAUGAAUGAGGAAGACCUCUAUAUAAAGGAAUGAUGUAAUUGCUGUUUUGAAUUAGUAAAAGAUGUUUAUUUUUGU